GACUGGACGCCCGGACGGCUCUGCCCAAGUCUACUUCCAGGCGGGAGAGGCGAGGUCGCGAUGACAUCUGCAUUUACACUCCACGCUAGCACGUACUGACUCUCACACCUCCCUCCCUAAUUCCAGCCCAACGAAGAAACAACAUAGAAGAAGAAGAACAAUGGAAUCGUUUUGUCGGCGGGAUCCGCGUCCUCUUGAUUGCUUAAACUUCCACGCAUCUCCUGCCUGAUCCCUUCCACAAUUUCCUGUUUACUGCGAAAAAAUCCGUUCGCAUUGGGUUCGGAAGAUUGAAUUGUGGAGUGAAAAUUUUGCUCUCUUUUUUUCACUCGAGAAAAGUUUAGAAUUUUGCCUAAUCAUGCUACCAAAGGGUCAGCAUCAGUCGAUCCCAUUGUCUGUGUUGUUGAAGCGUGAAUUAGCCUCAGAGAAGAUUGAAAGGCCUGAAAUUUCCCACGGUCAAGCAAGCCAGAGCAAGAAAGGAGAAGACUUUACCCUUCUCAAGACAGAAUGUCAAAGGGUUCUUGGAGAUGGGGUUACCACCUAUUCGGUGUUUGGGUUAUUUGAUGGGCACAAUGGGUCUGCAGCUGCUAUAUACUCCAAAGAGAAUCUCUUGACCAACAUUUUGAGUGGAAUUCCAUCAGACCUCAACAGAGAUGAAUGGGUUUCUGCCUUGCCAAGGGCUUUGGUUUCCGGGUUUGUGAAAACAGAUAAAGAUUUCCAGGAAAGAGAGCGAAGUUCAGGGACAACAGCGACCUUUGUUAUAAUUGAAGGAUGGGUUGUAACAGUUGCCUCAGUGGGCGAUUCUCUUUGUGUUCUUGAAUCUGCUGAAGGAGAAAUAUAUUAUCUAUCAGCAGAGCACAGACUUGAGUGCAACGUAGAAGAGAGGGAACGCAUAACAGCCAGUGGUGGAGAGGUUGGCCGGCUUAAUACUGGUGGUGGCACUGAGAUUGGACCAUUGAGAUGUUGGCCCGGUGGGUUAUGCCUUUCAAGAUCAAUUGGAGAUAUGGAUAUUGGCGAGUUCAUAGUUCCUAUCCCAUACGUAAAGCAAGUAAAGCUCUCUUCAGCUGGUGGAAGGCUUAUUAUAGCAAGUGACGGUGUCUGGGAUGCCUUAACUGCUGAAGCCGCUUUUGAGUGUUGCCGUGGGAUGCAACCGGAUGCUGCAGCCUCACAAAUUGUCACAGAAGCUGUGCAACCUAAAGGUCUACGGGAUGACACAACAUGCAUUGUGAUUGAUAUACAACCCAUAGAGAAGCCAACCCCACCAAGGCCACAACCUAAAAAGACUGGGAAAGGAGUAUUUAAGGCCAUGUUUCGCAAAAAAAAUUGUGAACACUCUUCAGAACCAGAGAAAGAAUGUUUUGAACUGGACGUGGUUCAGGAACUGUUCGAGGAAGGAUCAGCGUCUCUUGCAGAAAGGUUGGAUAUGAGAUAUCCAGUUUGUAAUAUGUUUAAGCUGUUCAUGUGUGCUGUGUGUCAAGUGGAGAUAAAACCAGGAGAGGGUAUUUCGGUACAUGCAGGAUCUGGAGAUUCUAGAAAACAGAGGCCCUGGGAUGGUCCUUUUCUUUGUUCGAGCUGCCAAGAGAAGAGAGAAGCCAUGGAAGGGAAACGAGCUUCUGGAGAUGGUGGAAUUUACUAAUAUCUGGCAUGUAGAGUGGGUUCACACUAUUUACAUACAAUAGUAUAUACAUAGCUUGGCUGCGUUCUAACAAUUGUUUCUUUCAUCGCUGACGUGGCCGGAGGAUAGCAAGAUUCUACUACAUAAAAAGCGGUUCUCAUAUUAGUGGCAAUCUGAUCACAACAGGUAGCACCAAUAUUGACUUGAAAUGUUGUCGUCAUCAUCAUCAUUAUUACUAUUAAUGUUACUAUAUGAUGUAGGGAGAGGCUUUAGGAGAUGUAUUUGAUUUCAUUGAUUAUUAUUUUUUAUGACGUCCAACACAUAGAUGACCAUCGUUCUGCUUCUUGUAUUUGUUGGUGGUGUAAUAUUGAUUUUGUACCAAGUAUUUAUUAAACAGAGAGAGAAUGAAGAAGUAUAGAAUCCUUAACUGAGAUUGUAUUUGCCAGUCGGGUAAUGAUAGGCUAUCCUUAUUA